GCUGGUGUCGCUGUGGCGUUUUAACUGCGCCUUCUACGGGCUAAAAACCAGCAGCGCUCUGUCGUAUUUGCCAUUUAAUAUACGUAUAGUGGUUUUUUUUUUUUUUUUUUUUAAACUUCGUGAUGGCUGAACUGUGCGGCCGCAUAGCGUCAUCACGGAAACCCCUGCUGUUUUUCGUUUUUUUCUGAAAGCUCCGCGGAAAUAAAGUGAAAGAGUGGGUGAGCGACUGGUCCUUGCAGAGCGGAUUUCAGCCCGUGUUGUGUUUGUCGAUCAGGGGCGGCCGAAUGGACGAGCCUGGCUUCAAAAUGACCUAAACCUCCCCGGAGAUGUCACUUAACACCGCGCUGAGUCCGUUCCCAGCACAGGUCAAGUGUGGUGGGUAGAUCGGCGGUAUGACCGAGGAGAAAUGUCCUCAGUUGGUGGAUUACUUUGUGGUGGCGGGGCUGGCGGGUGACUCGGCUCCACCAGACGAGGAAUGUCAGCAGAGAGGUGGCCGUGGCAUGGAGCCCAUCAGCGACCUGGCUGUGAUCGCCCGUGGCCUUGGAGAAGAGGUGCCCGAGGGCUUCACAUGCAUCGAGAAGACAUUGGGGGGCCAUCCAGCGGAGCUCAGUGCCGGCCUCAUCAACAACCCACACAUGUUCCUCUGCUACCGACGCAGCCAUGACAAACCGCCCAUUGUGGAGCUCGGUGUGCUGUAUGAUGGGAAAGAGGCAGUGAAGCAGGGUUGGCAUGUGAUCGAGACAACACCGUACAGCCGCUGUGCCAGUCUGAGCUCAGGAGGGCCUGCCACCCAUAAGACGUUCCUCAUGUUCCGGCGCGCCCCUGACUCACAGGCCCUAAACACACUGGGGGUGACCGAUAUCUCAUUACUCAUGCCCAGCAAGGGAGAAGUGGCACCACACACCUUUUGCAAAGUGGACAAAAACCUGAACACUGGCAUGUGGGGCCCAGCGCUGUACCUGUGCUAUAAGCGGGCUGUGGUGAAAGCCAACGCCCUGGUGUAUGAAGCAGGGCUGAUCAGCCGCUACCCUGAGGAGGAUCUUGAGUCGUUUGCGUUGCCAGACUCAGUCCCUGUCUUCUGUCUGCCCAUGGGUGUCACUGUAGAGAGCUGGCCACUGAAUACCAAGUACCAACUCCCUGUCUUCUCCACCUUUGUCCUCACCAGCGCAAGUGGAGAUAAGGUGUAUGGAGCUGCUAUCCAGUUCUACGAGGCAUACCCAAGGGAGGCUCUCUCUGAAAGGCAGCGGGUGCGGCUCGGGCUGGUCAGUGUUGUGGACCGCCGACCCAUCACUAACCGCAUGGUGCAGGUGAAGAAGAGCGUGUGUGUGCUCUCCCACUGGCCGUUCUUCACCGUCUUCCAGAAGUUUCUCACCUUCAUCUAUCGCUACUCCAUCUCUGGACCUCAUGUGCUGCCCAUUGAGAAGCAUAUCUCGAGUUUCUUGCACAACGUGCCCUUCCCUUCACCACAGCGACCACGCAUUCUGGUACAGCUCUCUCCAUACGACAACCUACUACUUUGUCAGCCAGUGUCCUCCCCCUUACCACUGAGUGGUGCCAGCUUUGUGAAACUCUUGCAGAAUCUGGGACCGGAGAACGCAUGUACCCUGCUGUUGGCUGUUCUUACUGAGCACAAGCUGCUGCUACAUUCCCUCCGGCCAGAUGUGCUGACCUCCGUCAGUGAAGCCCUGGUGUCGAUGACGUUUCCAUUGCGUUGGCCCUGUCCGUACAUCCCACUGUGCCCGCUACGGUGUGCAGAUGUGCUGUGCGCCCCAAUGCCCUUCAUCGUGGGCGUUCACUCCAGCUAUUUUGACCUGUACGACCCACCUUCAGAUGUGGUGUGUGUUGAUCUUGACACCAACACUAUUUUCCAAUCAGAAGACAAGAAACCCUUGUCGUGGAAAUCUUUACCCAGGAAACAUGGAAAAAUCCUGCUCAGCUCACUCACCCACCUGCACAAAACUUUGGAGAAAAGCUGUACCCCCGGUCAUGAAGAGGCAACCCUAGAGUUCUUGCUGACAGAUUACGACCUGAUCUAUGGGCGUCAAAAGCAGUUGGAGCUGGAGAUCCAGGAGGCCUUCCUGCGCUUUAUGAGCUGCCUCCUCAGAGGCUAUCGCUCCUACCUCCUGCCCAUCACCCAGGCUCCCUCAGACAGAACCACUGACUGCAGCUCCCUCUUCAAUUUGCAGGGGUUUCUAAAGUCUCGAGAUCGGACACAGCAGAAGUUUUAUUCCCUCCUCACCAAGACUCAGUUAUUCACGCAGUUUAUAGAGGAGUGCUCCUUCGUCAGCGACAGACACGCAUGCCUUGAAUUCUUUGAUGAGUGUGUUCAGAAGGUGGAUGUGGAGAAGCCAGAGGAGGUGAGGCUGAUAGAUCUUGAUGAGACGCACAGUGGAGAGCACACAGUGUUUAUAAUGCCACCAGAGGAGCCUCAAGAACCUGAUGGCUCUGAAUGCCCUGCACCCUACAGCUAUGAGACAUUUCCUGUUCUGCAUCCUGAGUUGUUUGACCGGCCUCUGGAUCAGCUCCGUACCACAGCGAAGGGAAGUGCCCCCAACAGCCCCGCCCCUCGCCGCACCAAACAGGAGAUCAAGCUGGCACAGAAAUUUGCGCAGAAGUACUCGGCUGUACCAGACAUGUGGUCCAAGUGCCUACUGGGCCACUGUUAUGGUCUGUGGUUCAUCUACCUGCCCACAUUUGUCCGGGCUGAGAGCACCAAGGUGCGGGCACUGCAGACUGCCUAUGAGGUGCUCAAGCACAUGGAGACACGGAAGGUUGUGCUGCCUGACGAGGUGUGCUACAGGAUCCUAAUGCAGCUGUGUGGGCAGUACGGGCAACCUGUGCUUGCUGUCAGGGUCCUGCUGGAGAUGAAGAAAGCAGGAAUCACUCCUAACGCCAUCACGUACGGGUACUACAAUAAGGCUGUGCUGGAGAGCAAGUGGCCAUCCACCAACCAAGGAGGUCGCCUUCGAUGGGCCAAGCUUCGCAACGUUCUUUUGGCUGUGGCACAGUUCAGGCAACCAAUCAAACACAGGCAAAAGAGCAACUCUAUUAGCUCAACACAAGGUAACUCCAACUAUAAUCUUCACCCGCACUCCACUCUUAAACGCCAGACCAGCUGGAGCGGUUUGAGUGAAAGUUCAAGCCACGAAUCGCUGACUGGUCCCAUCACUAAGAGCAACAGUCUAAGCAGUAUGCGACCCAACAAAUCCAUGUUAGUUAGGAAAGCAAUGUUACAAAACAAAAGCACUGAUGACCCCGCCUCCCGCAAACCUCCCAUUAGUCCUCGGGAUAUGGUUACACCCUCCCCAGUUCCCCCUGAUGACUUUGUUAGAGUGCGACGGAGUGAAGUCUGCUUAUCCACCUUUUACAAAGAGUGUGAAGAGCCAGAUACAGACUGCAGGUGCCAGCCAACCGAGAGAGAUGGCAGACCUGCAGAGCAGCGAGAAACGCUGAAUCGCAAGGCAGUAGAUGAGAACUCCAAUAACGUGUUGUCCCCGAAUCGUGGACUGGCAGGUAAACUGCAGCAGCUUCUCACACCCACGCGUCACCGGAACUCAUCACGCCGCGCAGCCAGCGUGGACGAACGACGGCCUGCCGCUAAUGGGCCGUCACGCAAAUCAUCUGAACAGAGACAGUCUCGCAAAUCACAGGUGGCCGAGACACUGCUGAAAGCCAGAGAGCGACUAUACAAUGCCACCUCAGAGAGCUCCUUGUCUGUAGGUAGUGACAUUGACCUGUCAGACCCUCCAAUUUCUGGUUUUUCACUCAGGAAGUCAUGGGAUUCGACACAGGAAGGGGCGGGGCUUGAGGUGUCGAUGUCGAGCUGUACUCUCUGCCGGAGCUGUAACUCGCUGGUGUAUGAUGAGGAGAUCAUGGCAGGCUGGACAUCUGAUGACUCCAAUCUUAACUCCAGCUGCCCAUUUUGUUCAGCAACCUUCGUACCACUGCUUAAUGCAGAGAUUUGUGAGCUUGGGCCUGUCAGCAGCAGUCAGUAUCACAAUAACCAGAACAUGGAGGAUCAGGUGGAGAGUGCAGUGAGGCCCCCUAGUGGACAUGAUGGCUUUCUGCAACAUCUGUAUAACGGUGAGACAGAGCAUGACUCCAGUUCAGAGACCAGCACAUACUCCGAGAGCAGCUGUAAUACUCUAAGCUCGCGUUUGGGUGGCUCCCCUCAGGUGACAGUGGCGUACUUGACCCCUCUGGUCUUGCGUAAGGAACUGGAAAGUCUUUUGGAGAACGAGGGAGAGAGCGUUCUCUCUCAGGUCCAAUUACUGGACAGCCACUCCAUCCUCUUCUGGAAUCUGGUGUGGUACUUCACUCGCCUUGGCCUCCCCAGCAAUCUGCUGCAACUGGUGCGGGCCUCUCCACUAGCGUCACAGAUUUCACAGAGCCCUGAGAAUACUUCAGUAAGGGUGAGGUUACUGUGGGACACUUUGGUGCCUGAUACGGAUUACUGGCCUCCUCUCUAUGUCCUCUGGAGAAUACACAGUGGAGUGCCGAUGCGUAACUACGCAUGGCGCAGACACAACCACCCCUUCACUCUGAGCUUUCUGGAGGAAGUACUGCGCUGUGUCGGUAUGAAUGAGGUACACAAGGCCAUCACGUUCUUCCUGGACACUAUCGCCAAGCAGCAAGGCACUCCCCGGAUACAGAGGAGUUUGUACAGGGAAUUUCUGUUUCUUACUUUGGCUGCUAUGGGCAAAAACCAUGUUGCUGCUUUUGACAAGAGGUACAAGGCUGCCUACGCCAGGCUGAGUAGUUCCCUGGGCCAUGAGGAGCUGAGGAGGAAGAGAGCUCAGCCACCCAGCCCCAAAGCCGUGGACUGUAGACGCUGUUUCCUAGUGCCCCUGGACUGCUGAGGGUCGACACUCACGCUCCACAGCUCAGACACUCUCUCUCUCUCUCUCUCUCUCUCUCUCUCGCUGUCUCUCUCUCUGUCUCUCUCUCUCUCUCUCUCUCUCUCUCUCUCUCUCUCACUCUCUCUAUGGCUGCCUCCUGCAAUUAUCCCUCCAAAGUCAGCCCUAAUUGGGCCUUUAGUUAAAGUCUCACACAUCUAUAUAUAUAACAGUCAGUGGACCGUUGUUCUGAAGCCCUACUUCUCCUGUCGCUCUGCAGCGUUAGGCACGCUGUACUUAUGAUAGAACUCAUUGGGCGAGAUAACUAUUCUCUUUGGCCAAGAAUGAGUUAUUUUGUUUUCAGUUUCCUCAUUUAAUUUUAUCGUGUCUGAACAGAUCUUUGUAUUUGUCCUACAGCAGAAAUGUAGACAUUCACUGCUGGGCUGAGUCUUCUCUUUGCCAAGUAAACCAGACAUUGCCAUCAUGCUUCAGUGGCAGUCUGAUCUAUCUGUCAGUCUGAUGAGCAGAUCGUUAUCAUACCAGCAUCACAAUAUAUACCAUUUGUUUUACAGACAAGGCCUCCUCAUCCCAUUACGCUUUAAGAGUGCACCUUCUGUAAUCCUGCCUCUCUGUAUGUGUGUGUGUGUGUGUGUGUGUGUGUGUGAGAGAGAGAGAGAUUGUAGCUUACCAGACCAGCCUCCAUUUGAAAACCCUUUAAGUUCCGCUCUCUUAUAACCUCUCUCUAUGUUGGGUCUUAUUGACUUCUGUUACUUGUGGUUAGCUGUGCCUCUAGCGAUUAGGCUGUGAGAGAGGAACUCUCAGUGCAUGAGGUCCACCACAACACUGGGAUGAAUCUUCAGACUGAUGGCCACUGAAGCGGAGGAAAGACUCCAAAUGGGAGCUACAGUGUGGUACGGACUGAGUCUGUGAUGUGGAGGGCAUACGGCUCUUCAUCUGAAAACAGGAGCACAGAGCUGAUUGGUAUAACAGGCAACCCAAAAAAAAGCACUGAAGACUGAACACCUGGGUACAAUGCAGUGGAGUGGUGUGAAUAAUGUAUAUGAACAUUAGGACCGGUGCCCUGCAAAAGACUCGUAACCAAAAGACUGUUUAAUUGGAAUUUACCUCCUUUUUUGUUUUGUUUUGUUAUUGUGUUUUACUUGUUUGCAGUCUGAUUUUAUUGUUUUAAAUAUACGGUAUGUGUGUAUGAGCCUUGCUGAUGUGUGUGUGUUCAGCUUUCAGUCAUCCAGAUGUUUAUUGAACAAACAAAAAAAGCCUUACAUUUCCAUUUUCCCAUGUUUAAAAUUAACCCUACCUUGCCUAUAAACCCUAAACCAUGAGACGCUAUACAACACGGAAAAACACUCCUAUCAACAGCAGUUAUCCAGCCAGAAACACACAGAGUUGACUCCACUUCCUGGACCUUUGUUUCGGCUCCGCCCAGGUAGUCCACCUCAAGGGAUAAUGGUAAAUGUAUACCAGGUGGGGCUGUGGUUUAGCGGGAUGGUGGUGUAUGGGGGAUGUGCUAAAGUUGUGACAUGCCAGUCAUUAAACCCAUAAUACAUACUCAAAACCCCACCCCCUGGCUACAAACUCCUGCCAAACUACAUCCAAACCUACAUUAUGCUUAAUGCUGUACUUUUGCUGGACCACUGAACAGCUGUGUGUGUAUGUGUGUGUGUAUGUAUGUGUGUGUAUGUAUGUGUGUGUAUGUGUGUAUGUGUGUGUGUGUAUGUGUGUGUGUGUAUGUGUGUGUGUGUAUGUGUGUAUGUGUGUGUGUAUGUGUGUGUGUAUGUGUGUGUGUGUAUGUGUGUGUGUGUAUGUGUGUGUGUGUAUGUGUGUGUGUGUAUGUGUGUGUGUGUAUGUGUGUGUGUGUAUGUGUGUGUGUGUAUGUAUGUGUGUAUGUAUGUGUGUGUGUAUGUGUGUGUGUAUGUGUGUGUGUAUGUGUGUGUGUGUGUGUGUGUGUUAGUGCUUCUUCAGCCCUUUCUGCCUUUUGUGAAAUGUUUUUAGUUGCCUCCGAGAGGCACAUACACACCUAGCUCAGCCCCCUAGCACUGUGUUGUAUUCUGCAGUAAGAAAUGCAUCUCACUAAGCUGCAUACUCGCACAACUGCCAAGUAACAGAGUCACACACAUUGACCUUAAAUCCAUACAGCACAGUCAGACUAAACUACAGCUCAUUUCGUAUCAGCAGGACUUUUGCAAUGCUAAACUGAUUCUAUGAUCACUCCUAACGUUGACACCGAGUUUAAAUGAGAAUGAAUCAUCCUCCCUGAUGGCCUUAUAACAACAGCUUAUUUCACUCUGGGAGUAAGUUUUGGAGGGGUGUCAUGGUGUCAGUGCUUCUCUCUGCAUAUAAAAGUUCAUUUCAUCUCCACUACUGAUUUGAAAGCAGUUGGUUGAUGUAAGGUUUCAAAUACAUUUUCAAAUGUUUCAAACAUGUGUUUAGGCAAUAGAUGAGUGCCAAGGUGGUCUGAAUUCUCCUCCAUCACUGUGGCUUCUGAUCAUUCAGCAAUAUUAAUAGGAGCAUCCUUUGAUAAGCUGUUUUAAUGCCAUCCUGUAUUACAAAGUUCAGCCUUAUAAUGUGACAAUGGCCUUCAAAUUUUCAUUUACCUCCUCGCGCUUAAUUAACGCUUCUGUUUUGUGUCUGUUCUCUUUAUUUCUUUAAGCCGUCCGUGGUGUCAUUUACAAGUCACUUUUAUGUGUCAUGUAUGUUUAAAGUGGUGAAGUGCAUAUAUGUUUCUGUGUGGAGCAAGUCACCUUAUAACAAAGAGAGAUAGAGUUUGCAAAUGAGUCAUUACAUGUUCCUCUGAAUAUUUGGAAAAACAGGGCUGGAAAGCUGUGAUUUAAUAGAACUAUAAUCAUUUCAGUAUAGAAAGGUCAUAAUGGUAGGAAUAUGCUGUGUAAUGUUUAGUCUUAGGACAGAAAUCUGCACUGACAUUAUUGUUAGUAAUUAGCUAGAGGUUAAAAAGGGGGGGAGUCAAAAAUAUGUUCCUGUUCAGGAAUGAAGUCCUCUUUCUUGCCAAUUUGUUGUGCCGUGUUGUAUAAUGAUGACCAGCAGGGGACAGCAUGCCAAAGGGAGUUUUACUGGAAAGGUUUGCAAUGAUUUCACUGUAUUUUAAUGCAUCUGACUGCAACAAGAGGAAAUCUGUGUUGAGACAGUUUUUAUUUUUUAAAAUUAAAUGGAAAAACAAGAUCGCAGAGCUAUAUUUAAGAUGUAUUGUGUUUGCUGUAGUAAUUUAUAUAGAUGUGAGUUCUGUCGUGAAUUUCUUUUUUUUAAUGUUUAAAAAACAAACAAACUCAU